AUUGAGGUUGAAGGAAAUCCGGUCAAAACAGAAAAAUAAUAGAGUCACUUAGGUAGAAGCUCAGUCGGUUUAAAUGUUGGUUUUUGUUGGCGUUAAAGCACAAAAGUAAACCACAUUAUUUUCAAAUGGCUUGUGAGAGGGACAUUUUACCGGCUGCGAAUAACCGGUAACGUCGGAGGUGUAUUUUUGUUUCUCCGCCCACUCCGGAAAACUCAACUGAGUCGUCGUUAUUUUUAUUAAGGUGACGUGGAGUCGGACCCCUCUUCUACUGUCGCAUGUGUCAAUAAAAGUAGGCUACUUGGUGUACCCGGAUAUGAUCGCAAUGAAUGCAUAAUAGGUUACAUUUCCCCGAGGAUUUUCAAGAUGUACAGCUGUACAUUUUUACAUUGAGCUCCAUCAUCUGCGCAUACCGGAGCAGAGGAGACUGUCGGGGCCUGGAGUCCGAGAAAUCCGGCGGACAGACAGGGGUUAUGCAGUGUGGAAUAGGACACCUGCCAGGUGGCUGCCAGAGGACGAUGGGCCUGCACUGCGUCUUGAUCCUGUGCUUGUUCUCAGGCUGGGCAGUGGGCUACAAGCAGGGGGAGAACGUGACUCUCUAUGUCAACAAAGUGGGCCCUUAUCAUAACCCCCAGGAGACAUAUCACUACUACACCCUGCCUGUUUGCAGGCCGGAGAAGGUGCAUCACAAGUCCCUGAGUCUAGGGGAAGUGUUGGAUGGUGACAGGAUGGCAGAGUCCUUAUAUUACAUCCGAUUCAGAGAGAACGUGGAGAAAAAAACACUUUGCAAGCUCACUCUUUCAGAGAAACAGGUGGACGAACUUCGUGAGGCUAUCGAGGAGCUGUUCUACUUUGAGUUUGUCCUGGAUGACAUUCCAAUCUGGGGUUUUGUGGGAUACAUAGAGGAGAGUGGCUUCCUGCCUCACAGCCACAAGGUGGGUUUGUGGACUCACCUGGACUUCAACAUCGAGUACAACGGCGACUCAGUGAUCUUCGCCAACGUCUCAGUAAAAGACGUCAAACCUGUUCCCCUGGAGGAGGGGGCAGGUGCAGCGGUGGGCGUAGUCGGAGUGGGCGGAGGCAGCCUGACGGUCACCCACACCUACAGCGUGCGCUGGUUCGAGUCCCCCCUGCCUCACGCCCGGAGAUCCGAGCGCCUACGAGACUACUCGUUCUUCCCUAAAACACUGGAGAUCCACUGGCUCUCCAUCAUUAACUCACUGGUGCUGGUGGUGCUGCUGCUGGGCUUCGUCAUCAUCAUCCUAAUGCGGGUCCUUAAAAAUGACUUUGCCAGGUACAAUGUGGAGGAGGAGGGCGGCUGUGAUGAUCUGGACCAGGGAGACAAUGGCUGGAAGAUCAUACACACUGAUGUCUUCAGGUUUCCCCCUUACAAAAGCCUGCUGUGUGCCGUGCUGGGAGUGGGGGCUCAGUUCCUUACUCUUGCCACAGGAAUCAUCUUUAUGGCAUUGCUGGGAAUGUUCAAUGUGCACCGCCAUGGUGCCAUCAACUCUGCAGCUAUCGUGCUGUACGCUCUGACCAGCUGUGUGUCAGGCUACGUGUCAUGCAGCUUCUACACACAGAUCAACGGCCAGCGCUGGGUGUGGAACAUCAUCCUCACCUCGUCGCUCUUCUCUGCUCCUCUGUUCCUGACAUGGAGUGUUGUUAACUCGAUCCACUGGUGGAGCGGCUCCACUCAGGCUCUGCCGGCCACCACUGUGCUCCUCAUUCUGGGUGCCUGGGUGCUGGUGGGCUUUCCACUCACUGUCAUCGGCGGCAUUGUGGGAAAGAACCGAGCCGGCAGCUUCCAGGCGCCAUGCCGCACUCGCAACAUCGCCCGGCAGAUCCCUACACAGCCCUGGUACAAACACACGGCUGUACACAUGGCCAUCGGCGGAUUCCUGCCAUUCAGUGCCAUCUCAGUGGAGCUGUACUACAUCUUUGCCACGGUUUGGGGCAGAGAGCACUACACCCUCUAUGGCAUCCUGCUGUGCGUCUUCGCCAUCCUCCUCUCAGUGGGAGCCUGCAUCUCUGUUGCUCUCACCUACUUCCUGCUGUCUGGCGAAGACCACCGGUGGUGGUGGCGGAGCGUCCUGAGUACCGGCUCCACUGGCCUAUUCAUCUUUGUCUACUCUGUUUUCUACUACCGGAACCGGUCCUCUAUGAGCGGCCUGGUGCAGAGCACCGAGUUCUUUGGUUACUCUCUGCUCACAGCGAUGGUGUUCUCGCUGAUGCUGGGCAGCGUAUCGUUCUGGGCCUCACUGGCAUUUAUUCGUUACAUCUACCGUAGUCUCAAGAUGGACUAGACAUCAAAUGUGCACACCAGACAUAUGGCUAUAAACAAACAUUCCCUCAUAGCACACGUGGACAAUCGUCAUUCUCCUCUCUUGCUUUCAGUCGUACACCACACACACCUCCAAUGUGGGAGGAGAAACAGGGGCCUUUAUCUUGAUUUGACAGGAGCUAAUGGUUGAACUCGAGCCAUCAUUGUUGUAA